CAAAACUCGACGUUGACAGUUCGUUUUACUUUUUUUUAAUCUGUGAAGUGUUGUGAAAAUGAUAUAAAAAAAACUAAAUGUUGCGUGAAUAAUCAAUAUGGAAAUUAAACUCGUUAUUUUCUCGGCCCUACUUUCCUUUGUGUCAUGCGGCGUCAUCAUACCGGAAGAGCUGCCAUCUUUGUUAUCCGUGGCAUAUUCUAACAUCCCUCCAAUAAAAAAAGGCACAGAUUCAAGGAUAGGUUUCGGAUUCGCAUUCGGGAACCAUGCGGACUUCCAGGUGAUGCUGGAGCUGGGCCCUCAGACGAAUACCAUGAAUCUCACUGGUCAACCGUUCCCGAAAAAUGGCAACACGAACAGCAAACGGCAGGCGCCGCCGAUACCACCAGCGAAAAUUAACAAGACUAAAGACAAGUACCUCCAAUCAGACGCGGGCAAAUAUCUCCAGAACUGGGCGCAGAAAAUGAAAUCGCCACCAAAACAAGUCAAGCGUCCAUCGUCGAGGCCCGGUGACGUUAUUAAUCUAGAAGAUUCAAUGGUGGAGCUGGUGAAAAACGAUAAAGGUGAAUAUGAAAUACACCAGCCGAAGCCAGGACACAUGUCGCAGUACGUUCUGGACAACUUGAAGAAACUCUACGGCCAGAAGAAGGAGGAGGCGCAGAAAAUGGUUGAGAAGACAAGAAGUGAAGCUGAAGUCAAGAAAAUAACAGAAGAUUUGUCUAACGUUGAUUUGGAUUGAGUAAAAAUUUUUAGAGAGGC